UGGUCAACCAACACUAUGUCGUUGAAGUAUACGAUGAAUUUGCAACAAUUGGAGGUACUGCUAUAUUAAGGUGCCAUGUUGGAGGUUUUAUGCAGGAAUACGUUUCCUUGAUGGCUUGGAAGGAAGAACCAACAGGCAAUAUCAUUCAGCCUUCCACUACGUUAGGUAGUCGGUAUUUAACAUUUCCUUGGGGAAUCCUUCAUAUAAGAAAUGUGGAUGCAAGCUUUUCCUAUAGGAAUUACAAAUGUCAAACACGAAACAGGUUAACGGGAGAAGUGGUCGAAAGCUCAUCAUCCGGCAGGCUCAUUGUAACUGAAGCGAAAGGUAAUACCAAGCCACAUAUAACGGACGUAAAGAUGCAAGUUUCAGGACGCAGGGGCGACUUGAUAGCUCUUCCUUGCACCGCUCGCGCCUUUCCUCUACCACAAUACAGGUGGUAUCUUCAAGAAAAUGGACAGCUGAGACCUAUAGCACCAAUUCAUCGCAUUUCGCAGCUUGAAGGUACUUUAAUAAUCCAACAAGCAACAGUUGCAGACAGUGGUCAUUACGUAUGUCUCGUUAACAAUAGUUUGGGAGAAGAAAGGGCUCACACUAGACUUCUUGUAACCGCCCCUUUGUCUACUUCUAUGUCUCCAGUAGUGCAAAAAAUCCACGUUGGUCGACCUUGGGUUAUCAACUGUUCUGUAUCUGGACAUCCCAUCCACGGUGUUCACUGGAGGAAAGAUGUUGACGUUCUGUCCUUGGACGGCCGAAUUAAUCAAAUAUCUCGUGAUGUCAUACGGAUAGACCCCGUGCAGAGAGAAGAUCGUGGCAUGUAUCAAUGCAUUGCUUAUAAUGACAAAGAAACUGCUCAGGCAGCUGUUGAACUCAGUCUUGGAGAUGACGUUCCAGAAUUCCAAGAAACAUUUCAAGAGCAGACAGUGCAACCAGGUCCAUCUCUCUCCUUGAAAUGCGUCGCGUCAGGCAAUCCUUUGCCACAAAUCGUUUGGAAGUUGGAUGGGGCACCCAUUCCGGAGAACCAUCGAAUACGCUUUGGGGACUACGUGACUAAAGAUGGGUUCGUUGUGAGUUUUGUGAACGUGAGCAAUGUGAAAACCGAAGAUGGAGGAGACUAUCGCUGCAUAGCUAACAAUGGAAUUGGUGAAGUCAGUCAUGAAGCUCGUGUAAACGUGAUGGGGCCUCCUGUUGUAGUUCGACGAGCCAGAAACGUGACGGUUGUCGCAGGAGAUGUGCUUGUUCUUAGAUGUCCUGUCGCUGGAUAUCCACUAGACAAUAUACAUUGGGAGAGAGCUGGGGUACGUUUGCCUUAUAACCAUCGGCAGAAAGCCCAUGAUAAUGGAACGUUGGAAGUUUAUCAUGUUGAAAGAGCUACAGAUCAAGGUCCAUACGUUUGUGUGGCUACAAACAGAGCUGGGCAAACAGCACAAAGCACAGUAGUGGUAAAGGUUCAAGUGAAACCGGUGAUAGAACCUUUCAGCUUCCCAAAGUCUCUACGAGAAGGUCAGAGAGCGUCAGUUCUGUGCACGGUCAGCAGUGGUGAUUUGCCAUUUAAGAUUCGGUGGUUCAAAGAUGGGAGACCCAUACCGGACAAUAUUGGCGUCCGUUCCAAUGAAGUUGCAGAUUAUUCCUCAACUCUUCUCUUUGAAUCUUUAGCCCUGCACCAUCGAGGCAACUACACGUGCGUGGCUGAGAACGAUGCGGGAACCGUCAGCCAUACCGCUACAAUGGUAAUUCACGGUAUGGGUUCUGAGAUGAUGCGGGAAUGCAUGUCUCGUAUGCUAUAUCAUACUAUUUAA